CGGAGUUAUUUGAAAGCUCUACUGUUUGGUUCCGUUCCUGAUUUGAUAUAGCAACAAGCUAGCUUAGACUGUAUCGUGAUUUUAUCGUGUUUUGCAUGCAGACUUGCAUUUUUCAUUGAUCACAUUAUGAAAAUAUAAAAUUUGUCAACUUUUUUCUUCCAGUUUGUGGAUUUCUUUGUUUGCCUUUCAGUUUUCGUCCACGCCAGCUUCCCUGCAAGGGGAGGGGAGUAGAUGCGAGGUGAUGCUAACUAGCUAUUUGGCUAUUGUUAGCUAGUUAUUUGAAAAUAUCUUGGUAUUUAUUGGGUAGCCAGCUGGACUAGAUACAUCAAUAAAAUAUAGACGCAAGGUAACAUGGAUCUUUAACGAGUUAUUCGCUUGCGUUGAUUGCCAAGUGUAUUCGUAUUACUGAGAGAAAGUGUUGCUAACGUCGUUAGCUAACCCAACGUAGCUACAGGCUGCAGUGCCAACCCAGGACUCGGGAUGGCAGCUAAAGCGGCUGAUUGUGGUAGUGCACCUGACCUCAUAGAUAUCUACGAUGAGAACUUCAAUCAAAAUAACGGGGAGGAUGGGGAUUUUGCAACAACAGCAGAGGCAAGUGAUCUUUAUGAUGCUGUGCUCACAGGCUCUGUGAGCCAUGAACGAAAAUUCUCAGAGGAUGCCAUCCCCCUCAGCAAGGACCAGCCAAUGAAAGAGGAGAGCAAAUCAGCAGUACUGUAUACUUACAGUGGGGUGCGGAACAAAAGACUGUCUGUAUAUGUUGGCAACUUUUCCUGGUGGACCUCUGACAUAGACCUUAUUAACGUGGCACGCACCUUGGGAGUGAAGGACAUUCUGGAGAUAAAAUUUGCUGAGAACCGAGCUAAUGGCCAGUCCAGGGGAUAUGCUGAAUUAGUGGUGGCUACAGAAGAGUCAUUGCAAAGGUUGCUGGAAACAUUGCCAAAUUGUCAUGUUAAUGGAGAAAGGGUGGACUGCCGCUUUGCCACACGCCAGAAUCUCGCCAUUUUUGAAGCCCAGGCUAAUAAACGUGUCCCACAGCGAUCUAACUCAAAAGAGUCAUCAGAUACUGUGGAGAAACACACCUCGGUCUCCCCUCCUGUGCUCAACCUUAACCACUCCACUGUCCCUCACACUAUCCACCCCCUACUAAUUCACAACAAACCUCCCCUUCUGUCAACCCCAUUCUUCAGUCGACCGCCUCCUCUUUUCCCCCACCUUCCACCUCACAUCCCCCCUCCCCCCAUGCCCCACCUUUUCCCUCCACCUCUACAUCUCCCCAGCCAGCCUCCUCCCUCCCUGCAUUUAAACCCUGCCUUCUUUCCUCCAGCUCAACACGAUAACUAUAGUCAACAACAAAACACAUCUUACAACCAGCACAACAGCAGGGAGAGUGAAGCUCCUAUACCCCCAGUCCUAGAGGGAGAGUUUGAUGAGCUGAUGAACAGAAACAGAGCCAUUGCAAGCAGCGCCAUUACCAAGGCUGUGUCUGGAGCCACUGCCGGUGACCUGCCUCUGGCCAUUGAGACCCUUUUGACUGCAAUUGCUGUCAUCAAACAGUCAAGAGUGUAUGGGGAUGAGCGCUGUCGAGCCCUAGUUAUCUCUCUUAAAGACUGCCUUUUCUCCAUCGAGAGCAAGUCUUACGGUUCCAGGAAAAGACACCGUUCCCGUGACAGAGAACAUCGUUCCCGAGAUAGGGAGAGGGACAGGGAAAGGGAUAGAGAACGAGACAGAGGCAGGGGAAGGGAAGAGCGAGAAGAAUCUUACAGCCAGGAAUGGGAGGCAGCAGGAAUGUCCCGCCGGCACCGAGAGCGCUCCCUAAGUGGGGAGAGAGAUGGGAGAGACCGGGAUCGUGUUCGGGAAAGAGAUAGACAUAGGGAGCAUCGCGAGCGGCACCGCUAGGUUGUCUAUAUGUUCCUUUAUGGCUGAGUAGGAGGGGAGGCAGGACUUUAUUUCUGCACCAAGCUGCUUAGAAAUCUGGGAUAAUUUGUUGGUGAGACAGAAAGUGAAUGUUAAUAGCCCCAACAACCUUCUGCCCCGAAGUUCACGUUUCUCUGGUAAUCAGCAGCCACCAAGCAUUUUACCUUUGUUGUCUUCUGAUCUCAGACAUCAUCUCUUUCUCACAGUGAUACGGUCUUUGUAAUUUCAUUUUUUGAUUCUGAAAGGACAGUUUCAAGGAUGUGGCUGACACUUUUUGCCACACCUGCAUGCACACAGCAGAGGUAAACAUUUUAUAUGUUGAACUGUGUAUGUUUUCUUUCUCUUCGCCCUUCUUUUGUAUCAAAACUUGAACUGAUUAAAAGGCUGUUAAAAUUA